UCCGCUGAGGGUGUAACAUAACAUAACAGAGUUCUUCUCCCGAUGGAACUUUCCUCAAAGAAAGAGUUACUAUCUCGAAUAGUAUCAACACUAACGCCCACCAUCACACUCAUCUUCUUCUUCCUUGUGCUUUCUCCGAGCCUGUGCACAUCACUCGGAAGCACCAACACAGUUGGAUCGGAGUUGCUGAAGGUUGCUCCUUCUGAAUUUGAGGGGACAGUGAGAACCGUCGUUGAUGUGUUGCAAGAAGUCACCUCUAUUCUCUCCGAGUUCGGUUCUGGCUUCGGCGAUUCACGUCUUUCUAACGCCGUUUCUGACUGUCUUGAUUUGCUUGACAUGUCCUCUGAUGAACUCGAUUGGUCUGUCUCCGCCACACAGAGUCCCAAAGGGAAGCACAACAGCACAGGGAACACAAGUUCGGAUUUGAGAACAUGGCUGAGCGCAGCACUUGCAAAUCAAGAUACAUGCAUUGACGGAUUCGACGGCACGAACGGCAUGGUGAAGGGUCUAGUAUCCACUGGUAUAGGCCAAGUGAUGUCCUUACUCCAACAACUUCUCACACAGGUGAAACCAGUUUCGGACCACUUCUCUUUCUCUUCCCCUCAGGGCCAAUACCCUUCAUGGGUUAAAACAGGGGAAAGAAAGCUCCUUCAGGCAAAUGUGGUUAGUUUUGACGCUGUGGUGGCGGCCGACGGGACGGGAAACUACACCAAGGUGAUGGACGCGGUGCUGGCUGCGCCUAAUUACAGCAUGCAAAGGUAUGUAAUACAUAUAAAGAGAGGGGUUUACUAUGAGAACGUUGAGAUCAAGAAGAAGAAGUGGAACCUCAUGAUGGUUGGAGAUGGCAUGGAUGCCACUAUAAUUUCUGGUAACAGAAGUUUCAUUGAUGGUUGGACCACGUUCCGGUCAGCUACUUUUGCUGUGAGUGGCAGAGGAUUCAUAGCACGAGACAUUACCUUCCAGAACACGGCAGGACCAGAGAAGCACCAAGCAGUGGCACUGAGAUCAGACUCAGACCUCUCUGUGUUCUUCCGAUGUGGGAUCUUUGGUUACCAAGACAGCCUCUACACUCACACCAUGCGCCAAUUCUACAGAGAGUGCAAAAUCAGUGGCACAGUGGACUUCUUCGGUGAUGCCACAGCAAUUUUCCAAAACUGCCACAUCUCAGCCAAAAAAGGGUUACCAAAUCAAAAGAACACAAUCACAGCACAUGGUAGAAAAAACCCAGAUGAACCAACCGGUUUCUCAAUCCAAUUUUGCAACAUUUCUGCUGAUUACGACCUUGUGAACUCGGUUAAUAGCUUUAACUCCACCCACACGUACCUUGGUAGGCCUUGGAAACCCUAUUCUAGGACAAUAUUCAUGCAAUCUUACAUUAGUGAUGUGUUGAGGCCAGAAGGGUGGUUGGAGUGGAAUGGUGAUUUUGCUUUGGACACUUUGUACUAUGCUGAGUACAUGAAUUAUGGGCCUGGUGCUGGAGUGGCUAAUAGGGUUAAAUGGCAAGGGUACCAUGUGAUGAAUGAUUCUAGUCAGGCUAGUAAUUUCACGGUGUCACAGUUUAUUGAGGGGAAUCUUUGGUUGCCUUCAACGGGUGUAACGUUCACGGCUGGAUUGGGGGUAGUAUGAGAUUAAUUAUUGAGCACUACCAAUUAAUUGCAUGUCCUUGUUAUUGUACUUUGCUUUAUUCAAAUGGCUUUUUUUAGAGCAAAGAACAGAGUGAAAUGUAAAAAAAUGAUGGUGGCCGGGUAGGUGUUCAAUUUCAUUAAUUCGAACUUUGGUUAUUUAAGAAUUAAUUCCCUAUUUUUAUCUUUGGUCUCUGGAAGUGUGGGUGUUCCUCAGUAGUUUGUUGCAUGGAACAAGUUUGAAGGAGUGCCUCGUGGAUUGUUUUGUACAAGGAAAAUGUUUGGUAGAUAUUUCUUGUGAUCAUCUAGAUACCAAGAGAAAAAAAAAGAAUACUACAAAAAGUGAAAAUGUUUGUAUGAUGAGUAGUGUGAAGUGAUAAAAGAAAAAAUAAAAAGAGAGAUUACGGGUCUUAAAGGGUGAGUGUGACAUUGUAUGGUGUAUACAAAUCAGAAUUGUUUGCUUAAAAGUAUUUAUAGUGGCAUACAAUUAAUAUUGAUGUUA